AUUGGUCGACACACAUGACGUCAUAGCACAAUCGAUGAUGCAUAUUGUCGAGAAUCGAUUUACCUUUAGAAGGUUCAUUUGCUGUGCUAUAUAGAGGUGUAUAGCGCGAAGUCGUGAUAUCUUAUAAUUGAAAAUAGCAAUAUUAAAUAAUAAAUAUUUAUUCAAAAAAUUAAUAUGCCACCAACAACUGACGAAGAUCCCUAUGCACAUGUAGCAAAGGGACUCCUAAAAUUAAAAAAUGAUCAAAGCGUGAGUAAGAAAAAAAAGAAUAAGGACGGUAAAAAGAGAAAGUUAGUAGAAGUGACAAAAAUUACGGAAGAAGAAAAAUCUAAAAUACCAGAAAUCAAACGGACAAAAGCCGAAAUUGCAUUUCAAAAAAUGCAAGAAAAAAUGCAAACAGAACGAAUAAAACAAAAAGCCUCAAUGACACAUAAACAACGGGUAGAAGAAUUUAAUAGACAUUUGGAUAGUUUAACAGAACACUUUGACAUACCAAAAGUCAGCUGGACAAAAUAA